CGUCACGUGGGGCGCCGUGGAUCGCAGUGCGCGUGGCCGCGGUGGUUGGUGUGGGGUUGAGUCAGUUGAGACCAGGAGCUGCUGACCUAGCAGGCAGCCCACUAAGCCCGCGACUUAGCGGCAGGCGUUUGCGUGCGGGAGCUGUGAAGUGUCCCCAUCAUAGAGCUCGUGGGAGCCAGUCGUCCCUCCUCCCCAGCCAGCAAACCGCCGCAGCGGGCGCGCCCCCGCUUUGCGCUGUCUCUCCGAUGGCGUCCACCUCUGGGGCCAUGGCGAAGCACGAGCAGAUCCUGGUCCUCGACCCUCCCACAGACCUCAAAUUCAAAGGCCCCUUCACAGAUGUAGUCACUACAAAUCUUAAAUUGCGAAAUCCAUCGGAUAGAAAAGUAUGUUUCAAAGUGAAGACUACAGCACCUCGUAGGUACUGUGUGAGGCCCAACAGUGGAAUUAUUGACCCAGGUUCAACUGUGACUGUUUCAGUAAUGCUACAGCCUUUUGACUAUGAUCCCAAUGAAAAGAGUAAACACAAGUUUAUGGUACAGACAAUUUUUGCUCCACCAAACAUUUCAGAUAUGGAAGCUGUGUGGAAAGAGGCAAAACCCGAUGAAUUAAUGGAUUCUAAAUUGAGAUGUGUUUUUGAGAUGCCCAGUGAAAAUGAUAAAUUGAAUGAUAUGGAACCUAGCAAAGCCGUUCCACUGAAUGCAUCUAAACAGGAUGGACCCAUGCCAAAACCACAUAGUGUUUCACUCAAUGAUACUGAAACAAGGAAACUCAUGGAAGAGUGUAAAAGACUUCAGGGAGAAAUAAUGAAGCUAUCAGAAGAAAAUCGACACCUGAAAGAUGAAGGCUUAAGGCUCAGAAAGGUAGCACACUCGGACAAACCGGGAUCAACCUCAGCUGCAUCCUUCAGAGAUAAUGUCACCAGUCCUCUUCCUUCACUUCUUGUUGUUAUUGCAGCCAUUUUCAUUGGAUUCUUUCUAGGGAAAUUCAUCUUGUAGAGUGAAGCAUGCAGAGUGCUAAUUCUUUUAUUUUCUCUUGACCAGAAAAAGAUUUGUUUACCUACCAUUUCAUUGGUAGUAUGGCCCACGGUGACCAUUUUUUUUGUGUGUACAGCGUCAUAUAGGCUUUGCCUUUAAUGAUCUCUUACGGUUAGAAAACAAUAAAAACAAACUGUUCGGCUACUGGACAAAUUGUAUAUUACCAGAUCAUCACUAGCAGAUGUCAGUUGCACAUUCAGUCCUUUAUGAAAUUCAUAAAUAAAGAAUUGUUCUUUCUUUGUUGUUUUAAUAAGAGUUCAAGAAUUGUUCAGAGUCUUGUAAAUGUUAUUUUAAUAAUCCCUUUAAAUUUUAUCUGUUGCUGUUACCUCUUGAAAUGAUUUAUUUAGAUUGCUAAUCCCACUCAUUCAGGAAAUGCCAAGAGGUAUUCUGUGGGGAAUUGGUGCCUCUUACAGUGUAAAUUUUCUCCUUUACCUUUGCUAAUAUGGCAGAAUUUUUCUUACCCCUUGUGAGGCAGUUGUUGACUGAGUUUUUCAUCCUUACAAUUCUGUCCCAUGGUAUUUAACAUAAAAAAAAAUAAAACUGUUAACAGAUUCUUGCUCAAUAGCUUGUUUGUGUCUGUCGUGUCAUUAGAUGGGGAUACCAGAAAGUCCACUCUAUGAUAAUUUGAAAUUUAUAAUGCAUAAUUUUAUCUUGCAUUGAAACCCUUUCAGAUUUACAGUAUUUGUAAGUAAGUCUUCAUACUAUUAAGGAAAGGAACUGAUAAAUUUCGUGCUACUUUUGGUAUUUUGGAAGAUCAUAAUCAGUUUGUCUUCAAGAUAAUACAAAUUAAGCAAAUACCAUGAGAAUAAAAGUGCUGUAAUUUCUGUCAUUUUAUAUGUAUGCCUUGUGGCUGUGUUGCGUUUACCCCAUUCUUAACAGGUCCUUUUAGUAUCAUUCCAAGAAAGAUUCAUUCUUCUUGGUGGUUCUAGUCAAAUGCUUUUAAAUGAGCUUAUUAAUUUCUUUUAUAAUAUUUUGUUAGGUAAAAGUAGAUGUUUUUUCCUGCCCAGUUUGACACUCAAAAGUAAAUUCCCAUUAUGGAAAUUUGUUACCACUGAGCAAGCCUUGGGAUCUUUGCGAAAAAUGACUAUUCUUUGCAGUUCUGUUAACCAUGUGAAACACAUUUUCAGUAUAAAUAUACAUUUAUAGGGCUUGAAUUUAUUUCAUUUGUAUUAGAAAUAGAAAAUUUUGGAACCAUAGAAAAUGUGUUCAGUUUUUUUUUUUACUGAGUACGAUCUAAUCCAAAUGAAUUUUUAUCCUGAAAGUAGGUGUUGGUUUUGUAAAAGAUACACUUCUAUCUGAAAGGGAGAUUGGACUUCAGGACUUGAUGUGGUGCAGUGAGGUAUGUUAGGCCCACGUCUGUGUAUACGUUUUAUAAAUGAGUGAAAUACUCCCAGUAUUUUGUUUGCCUUUUCAUUUUAAGUAUUCAUUUUGAAUUGUCUGAUCACAUUUAUUGUGUCAUUGGCUCUGUAUUAUUUUCUAUAAAACCUCUUGAUUUUGUGUAAAAGUUACUAAAAACAAACACAAGUAACACCUAUCCAUUACUAGUAUGCUACUGCAGGUAAUGUUUCCAUUGUUGUAUGAUUUACAGUCAUGUAAAAUUUCCUUCCAUUUCCGAUAACUGGAAAAACAUGGUAGAAAGAGUCUUGCAUUUUUAAUCCCAUAAAUGCAGAAUCAGUAAUUCCUUGGCUUAAAGCUCUGUAUAAUCUACAUUGCUGGUGAUAAGUAUCAAGCCUGAUAUUUCAGUGCUGUCAUUUUUUAAAAAAUUGAAGUUCCCAAAAUUUAGCAAAAUCCCGUUUUAUGGGAGUGCUCCUUAGAAUUCCUUUUGUUCAGUCCCUUUGUUUAAAGUUGAGGAAUCUAAGGCUUUAAGAGAGUUAAGGAGAACUUUCCUUGCAUCUCAUAGGUAGGUGAGGCAGACCUGGACCUAGAAAUCUGCUCUCCUGACUUUAGUUUGGUGUCUCUUUGGUCACUUUGUAGGGAAAAGAAAUUUGUAUUAAUUCAGCUCAUGACUGAAGUAAGGAACCUAAGAUGCCAUUUAAUAAGUGUAUGUGGUUUUCUAUCAUAAGCUUGUAUUGCAGGCUACUACUUUUGAAUAGUUUCAUGUAUAUGUUUGCUUUUAGUGUUUAGGCUAGAAAUGCUUCCAUCCCCAAACAUUGAUAAUAAGCAAACACUAUGAAAUACAGCAUAUUUUUAGAUAGGCAUUCUACAAAAUGUAAUAUGCAGUGGCUGGAUUUUAGAUAGAUUGUAGUCUGGGUAGCAUCUGCCAAAAAAGUGUGUGUGGGCUUAACUGUUUUAUGUGUCAGGAGAUGCUCUAAUUGUAUAGGGGACUUUUAAUUUCUGUUCUUUUUAAUAAGUGUAUGAAGUAUGAUCAGAUUAUUUUAUUACCAAUGGUUACUUUAAGAGAGUCCAACUGUAUUGACUGAUAACAUAUAGAUUAAAUUGUCUUCAUUCCUUACAUGUUUAGAAAAUUUUGUCUGCCUGCUUACUUUUGUAUGUAAGCAUGAGGGAAAUACACUGUUGCUGAUAUCAAAAUCCAGUAACUAAGGCCUUAAGUUCGUAUGUGAUGUUAAAUGCACUACUUUCCUUCAUUCUUUCUAUAGUUAAUGUACUUUAACUUUGCCCAUUCUUGUAUUUGCAAGAAACAAAUUUAAGAAUUGUACUCUGAAUGUGUUACCUUUUUAAAAAUGACACUUGGAAAAAUGUACUAAUUCAGAAAUUCUGGUCAAAGAAAUAAUACUUCUCCGAGUAUCUUGCUCAGAACUUUUGCUAAAAUUGGUAUUACCUGCUUGGGAAUUACUUUUGGAUUGUAAUCAUUCAAACUGUGCCACUUCAAAAACAAGUUUUAUCAAUAAGGUAAGAAAGAGUUCUUGUACAGUAUAAUCCUAAGUUGUGAUCUUUUGCCACUUAAAAACAAUCAAGUAAUAAUUUUCCUAGAGCUUUGCACAUUCCUAUUCAGUGAUUUGGUGUGUGCAUAGAUUUUUAAAAAUUGACCUUUCUGAGAGUUAGGGAAAGAUCAGUGUUUACCGUAUGGAAAAACAAUAAAAUGAGGUAAAUGAUCUUUAUUUUCUAGCUUUCAAAGGAAAUUAAACUGUUGCGUGAAUAAAUAAACUGAUUAAAAA